UUCUUGUUGCGUUAUAGAUGAGGUUCUGUCAUUACCCAGCCUGUCCAUCUCGAUUAUGUGCACUGCUGGACAUGUGGGGAGAAAUAAUCCUGGCUGAUUUUAAGUAGUCCCCUUGGCUUUGGGGUAUUUGUUUCCCUUUAUCCGUCUUUUCGGCUUGGAGAGUUUGCUCCCAUUUAAUCAAGAUUAGGUUAUGUGUUGAUUUCUUUGGAGCUGUAUUCUAUCAUAGACCUCUAGUGCACAGUCAAACGCUAUUGGGUUAAUUCGCCCUUUAUAAAUGUUCAUUUUGCUUAUUAUUUAGAAAUGGGGAGGCUGGAGCUGCAGGUGCAACAGAAAAAACUGUAAAUAGGAAGUCAAUGCAACUUUGUUUUGUUAACAUAUACAUCUGUUAGUAUAGAGGACUGAAUCUGUCAUUAUUGGAGUGUUGGCAAAUUGGAGUAGUAAGCAUAUUGCAGCAUGUUUGCUCACUCUGUUCUCACAGAGGAGGUUUCUCUUAACUCUCAGACCGUUGCUUCCCGCCCAUUCCUUUACAGCCUGCCCCACCCCUCUGCUCCUUUGCAGUUUCAUAAUACUAAGCUUAUACUUGCAGUCACUGUAGGGACUUGCUGUCCUGCUGUGUGGUCUGCUUAGUCCGACUAGAAAGAGGAUUGCCGUUUUCUCUGUCCUGUCUCCACCAGCCUUUUCAGCCAAAGCCUGUUGACUGCCAAAAGAAGAAGAAACCAGCUCGCCUUUUUUAUGUUCUUGCUGGUGUCUUUAGUCUACGUUGACCAGAGGCAGCAUGCAGGAAGAGUUUAAACAAAGAAGAAUGACCAUGGAUUUUUCCCAGCUUCACACAUACACGCCUCCACAGUGUUCUCCGGAAAAUACUGGCUAUACGUACUCUCUCAGUUCCAGCUACUCCACUGCAGCAUUAGAGUUUGAAAAGGAGCACCAGAUUGCUCCUGUGUACGAGUCGCCCAGAAUGUCACGGCGAAGCCUGCGUCUGCAGAGCAGCGCCGGUCACUAUGACAACGAGGGCCUGGCUGAUUACUGCCAUAACCAGAGCAGCAGCUACACCAACAAAGAGACGCGGACGGUUCGGAGUCGAAAGCACCAGCAGCAGCAGCAGUCUUUGUCCAGCUCAAUGUCUUUAUCCUUGAGCCAAGUGGCCACACCAAGGCAAACCCUAUCCUUCUCAGCUGUCAGCACCCCGAUUGAUGGGAGCAGCAGAGUUCAGGAGAGCAGCACAGAGUCUGAAGCAUCUCAGCUCACAUCAGCGUACAGCAGAUCUCAAAUGAGGAAACAGAGCGUCUCCACUAUCAGCACCACCUCUACUGUGGACGUAUGCUGGGUUCAGAGUUCAGCUCACAAAUCAAGCGCCAACGGUGGAGCCAGCUCGUCGAAAUCCCACGUGGCUCUCAGUAACGGAUACAUCUGCAACAACUGUUCUUUGCACUCUCAGAAAACAAACACUUGCACAGCGAAGUCGUCAUGUCAGGCUCAAGAACUCUCCACCCAAGCUCUGUCCUCCUCAUCAUCCUCGCCCUUCACCAGUGUGUACACCAGAGACAGGAGUCGAAAAAAUAAGACGGGCGUCCUGAUGUCAGUGUCUAACACGUGUAUGCGCUACAGCAAACAAGCCCUGGUCCCCAUAGUGUCCUUAGUCACUCUUCUCCUCAGUAGUGUGGUUCAGCUGGGAUCAAGGGCUGUAAGCCUGACAGGAAAAGGUAUUCCCACAGCAUUUUUGGACUCGGUGAGACGAGCAUCAUCUUCCAGUUUGUCCAAAAUGUGGCUAUUUAGGUCAAACAUUCUCCGCAGGAUGAUUGGCUCCUCGGAAAAAUACUAUGAAGAUUCAGCUCAUUCGUCUAUCUCUGGAAGCACAAAUAUAAGCGAUCAGUCGACAGAAGACGCCUCACAUCUUAAUCUCAACGGCUCCCAGUGCAAUGACAGUACAGGGAAGCAUUAUUCUGCAACCAGCACGGUCCUCCUCUCAGAGCGCUCCAGGUCCAAAGGUGUGGUGGGAGCACUGUGGAGUGUCUUAGUUUUCACAGGUUACGGUCUCCUGCUGCCGGGUUACGUUGUGGUGAAAGCCAGCAGCGCUUUGGCUUCAGGGUUUUACUCUGGAGCAAAGAAUCUGCUUUCUUGUUUGUGGCUGCUCGUGACAACUCCAGUGAAAGCAAGCAAAGGUUUACUUUGGUUCCUUGGGAAAGGAUGGUACCAGCUGGUGUCUCUGAUGUCUCUCCUCAACGUCUUCUUUCUGACACAAUGUGUUCCCAGACUCUGGAAGCUCCUGCUGUUUCUUUUACCCUUUUUACUGCUCCUCGUUUUGUGGUUGUGGGGCCCGUCCGCUGCGACUCUGUUCGCCUACCUUCCAACCAUAAACCUGACCGAGUGGAACCUUGCAUCUCCAUUCUCCUUCUCCAACUUUAAGACAAUCCCCGCUUCUGUCCCUGCAACUGAGCCUCCAAUGAAGCAGGGUCCAGUCGCCCCGGUCUCACAGGCAACGCCGGUCCUUCCCCCUUCUGCGACCUUGAAUGUGGAUUUAAAGCGUCUUGAAGAUGUGGAACAUCAACUGGCUCUGUUGUGGGAGCGAGUUAAGCAGGAGGACGAGCAGCAGGAGCAGCGUCAUCAGGACAUCUUCAGCCUGUACACCAAACUGAGGGAGCAGCUUCACACGCAGACCAACAGAGAGAGCCUGGGAGUGUGGGUGUCCUCGCUCCUGGAGGAGCGACUGGGCACGCUCAGAGAGAAUCUAGAGCAGGCGAACACACAAAGAACACAGAGUGAAAAGCAGCAGGAACAACAACAGGAGAGUCAGGAUACCCGGCUGGCUGAAUUAGAAUUGCUGCUCAAAGCUUUGUCUGUCAAAACUGAGGAAAUGCAACAGAAACAGCAGCAGUACGAGCGCUGGAAGGAAGAGAAGGAGAAGGAGGUUGUCCCGCCAGCAGUAGAAACACCUGUGAGCGUGGGUGUGAAGCAGGAGAGCCACGAUGCUCUGCUGGUGGAGGUGCAGAGGCUGGAGGCGGAGCUAGCUAAAAUCCGACAGGAGCUACAGGCGGUCGUUGGAUGUAAGGGGAAGUGCGAGCAGCUGGACACGCUGCAGGAGACGAUAUCAGCACAGGUGUCGUCGCAGGUGCGCAGAGAGCUGCAGGUGCUUUUCUUUGGACCAGAGGACCAGCAGAGCGAAGUACCGGAGUCCCUGAUCAGCUGGCUGUCCCAACGCUACGUCAGCACACCGAAUCUCCAGGCGGCGCUGGCCUCUCUAGAACUGAACAUCCUGAAGAAUAUAUCGCAGCAGCUGGAGCUCAGCCGAGCCCAGACUGUGACUGAAGCCGAGUUCAAAGCCCAGAACAUGGUUCAGACAAUCACCGGGACUGUCCAACACACGUCAUCUUCAGAAGGACUGACAGAAGAGCAAGUGAAGCUGAUUGUCCAGAACGCUCUGAGGCUGUUCUCCCAGGACAAAACAGGCCGGGUGGACUACGCCCUGGAGUCUGGAGGUGGCAGCAUCCUCAGCACUCGCUGCUCGGAGACGUACGAGACCAAGACGGCCCUCAUGAGUCUGUUCGGCCUGCCGCUCUGGUACUUCUCUCAGUCUCCGCGAGUCGUCAUUCAGCCGGAUGUGUAUCCCGGUAACUGCUGGGCGUUUAAAGGCUCCCAAGGUUAUCUGGUGAUCAGGCUCUCCCUAAGAAUCUUACCAACAUCCUUCUGUCUAGAACAUAUUCCUAAAGCUCUGUCCCCAACUGGAAACAUAACCAGUGCUCCACGCAACUUCACUGUCUUUGGUCUAGAUGAUGAGUACCAAGAUAAAGGAAAGCUGCUAGGCCACUACACUUAUGAGGAGAACGGGGAAGCAUUACAGAUCUUCCCUGUGAAGGAGGAGAAUGACAAGACUUUCCAGAUUAUUGAGGUGCGCGUGCUGUCCAACUGGGGUCACCCUGAAUACACCUGCCUGUACCGCUUCAGAGUCCACGGAGAGCCGCGGCCCGAGUGAUCCAGACAUCACCAACCGAUUACAUUGAACCUUCUCUGUACAUAACACUCACUGCUUCAAAGCCAGGGGGAUUCUGGAGCGUUUUAUGCGCGGCACAGAGGUUGUGGAUAUUUAAAGGGAUGUGCCCAGAGUGAGUUAGGGAGGUGUUUUUAUUAAUUGUUAAAAGAAGCGCUGAAGUGUUGAGGAAUAAAAGGAGAAACUGAACGUCGCAUGAACCUCCCAGCCCCCUUUCAUUGCACUGAAUCUGCUCUUCAGGACACUAAGUUUCCUUGAGCUAACAAAUCCAGCCCUUCUAUUCAUGGCUCAUUUUCUUUCUUCACACACUGUUCUCUUCUUUUUUUUGCAUUUUGGUCAACCUUUUCCUGUCCAGACAUGUCACUACCUUUGUGGCUGCAGAUGAACUCACCACAGAUACAUUUAGGUCGACUUCAUUUAGAGCUUGAUUUCAUAUUUUCUUGCAUCCAUAAUGGGCUUUUUCUGAACUGAAUAUGCUGCCUUUGGACAAGCUCUGAAUGUUUGCUCAAGUGGAGCUUCGACGCAAGUUUCCUUUAAUCACAUGACAACACUAAAACCACUGACCUAAGCUAACUGAUUAGCUCUGAGGCUCUUCAUGUGUACAUUACAUGGAAUUUAUGUCUAAUAAUUGCUAGACUUAAGAAAUAAUGCACGCAUGUGACUCCUCAAGAAGCAUUUACCACUAUGCUCUAGAACUUUUGCAUCGUGGAUGUAAAAGGUUUUCCUUCCUCAGCAUUUGAGUCCUGUGCCUGGAUCUUUAAAACAAAUGCAUUUCUUCUUCUGUGAGCUUUCAUUCCAUUUUUUUUCUUUUUUUCUUUUCAGCAAACGUCCUUUUCCUCACAUCUGUUCACAACUCUAAAACUUUUGAAAGAAUGUAACCUGUACAUUUUACUGUUGAUAGUUGGUCCUUUAUAUUAAAAACUUUUAUCAGUGUUGCUUUCUAAAAAAAAGUUUUAAAAGUCAUUAUUUUUAUUGUAUUAUUUCUACUGUUACCUAUGGUUUUCCUUUUUGAUUAAUUGUGGGUUUUGGAUUGAAAGGAUGCACUGCAACAACUUGUCAAAAGGUUUUUGGGCAAGGUCUUUAUAAUUUGUUUAAAAAUGGGGUAUAUUUGCAUCUAUGGGUUAGUCCAAAAGGUUAUUUGUAAAAAAGGUUUUCUUCAAUAUUUUAUUUAUUAAAAAGUUUAUUAGUGGCUGCAAGGUCUAAGUAACUACAAUGUAUAUUUUUGUCAAAAAGGUGUUCAGUGCAUUUUGAAAUCUUUUUGUUUGUUUUUUUUUUUUUAGAUAAAUUGCUAUUUUUGUUCAUUAUAUUUUGUCAUGAGAUGACUUAACCUGCUUUGGAAUAUAAUUCAAUAAACCCAUUUUAAGGAA